GCUGACGGCGCUGGGCCUUGCAGGUUGUCGGCGGCGCUGUCGGCGGCGCUGAGCGAGGGCGCGGAGCGGCGGCGGGAGCUGGAGCGGCGGGCGGAGCGGAGCCGGGCCCUCCUGCGGCCCUGGGGCUGUGAGGAAGAGGAGCAGCCGCAGCCAGAGCCCGGCGCCGGCAAUGGACAAGAGAACAGGCCUUCGCCCAGGGAGCUGGAGGAGCUGGAACUGCUGAACAGGGCCUUAGCAAAGGCACUGAAAGUCAGGAAAAGCAUCUUGAAAACUCCAUUAGAAGCUCAGAUCACUACAGAAAAGAAAUGUGCAGGUGAGGGACCUGCCCUCAAGAAUGCUGAAGAACAACAAGUGCCUGUACCUGUUGGGGAUGUUCCUGAGAGCACAAAGGUGAGAGCUGUAAGCAAAAAGCCUGCCUCUCUGAAGAAGCCCUCUCCAUACCAGCUAAGAGCCCCUUACAGGACUGAGCCAGACGUGAAAAAACUGCAAAGGAGAGCCCCAGCCAGAUGUGUUUCUCAAGGUCCCAGGACAGCUGGGAAGAACCCCUCAAAAGGGGUGACUGGCAAACAAGGAAGGAGUUGCAAGACAGUAGUCGGUGGUAGAGAGACCUGUGUGUCAGCUGAACCCCAAAAGACACCUGGCUUAUCCAAAUCUGCCUUUAAUGACCAGCAAAGCUUUUCUGUCGGGGAUUCAGCUGGGGGAAAGAACUCUGUAGCUGCUGGCAGGCACCUAUUGGAUGCAGGGAAAAAAGGUUGUGGCUCCCUAGGAGAGUCCAGCAGCAAGGAGGAUCCUGCAACUGAAGGUGUGUUGGGAAGAAGUGCCUCACGUCGGACAGUCACGCUGCAGGAGAAGGGGUGCCAGCUGAGGCUACCCCUUCCCUACAGGAAAGCCUAUUCCAGGAACUCCAGGGCAUGGGAGAGAUGUCGUCUCUGCCAAACAAGUGCGGAUGCAGCAGCUGCAAGGAACCAUUUUAUGGAGAGGAUCCAGGCAACUUUUUGCUCACCAAUGCCAGCCUUCAGUCCUGCAGAGAUAGAGGAGGAGUUAAAGGUCCUCCAGGAUGUCCCAUCCCUUCUGAGCCAGUAUGUGGAAGCUGAAUCUGCAGACCAUCCCACUCUGCAAAGAGAGUAUGAAAGCCUUCUAACCUUGGAGGGUUUGCAAACCACAGUUUCCCAGUGCCUGCAUAAGCUGCAGCUGCUGCGAGCAGCUGUGGGGUCCCAGGUGAGGCAGUGCCCAGACUGCACCCAGGACGUAGGAAGCUGCUCUCCAGCCUGUGUUGCUCCCCGGGGACAGAUGUGUGACAGUGCAGGCGGGCUGGCUGUGCCUCUCCUCUCUUACUCCAGCUCCCAGGAGCUGAGGGACUUAUUUGCCUUGAAGCUGCGAGUGUCGAUGCUGCACCAAGAAAUUGCCUUGCAGAAGGUGGGGAUGGCAGAGCUCCUGCCUGUCCUGGAGUCCAGGCUCUGCCCGGAGGCCUCUGCGGCGCAGCUCUACCGGGGCAUUUACACCCAGCUCUGUGAAGGCGGCAAGAGAUUCCCUGUGCUGGUGAGAGAUGAGCUGGCAGACUGACCCAGGGGAACCUCCUGCUAGCCUUUUUGCAUAAUCUGGGACAGUUUUAAGCAAUAAAUCUUUUCUAUUAACUUUUUUA